AUGGAUGGCCACUACGAAUUUAUGAGGUUGCCUUUUGGGCUGAAAGACGCACCUUCUGCUUUCCAGAGGAUCAUUAAUCAGGUCCUGUCUGGUCUGAUUGGGGAUAUAGAAGUUGAGUAUCUUGGACAUGUGAUUAUUGAAAAUGGUAUUAAGCCACAAAAUAAAAAGAUUGAAGCAAUGGAGGGAUACCCACAACCUAUAAAUUUGAAAGAGCUCCAGGCGUUUCUCGGUGCGGCUAACUACUAUCGCAAAUUUAUAAGUAAUUUUGCAGACAUAUCGCGACCGUUAAUUGACUUAACCAGAGGUUGUAAGACUAAAGAUGGGAAAACGAAACUAGCGUGGACACAGGAAGCAUUGGAUGCAUUUCACAAGUUGCGUACAGUCUUGUCUGAGGAUAUAGUGUUAAAGUUCCCAGAUUUUUCCCGUCCAUUCGUAUUAGUUACAGAUGCAAAAAGCCCUGCCCUCGCCCAUGAAAAACCUUCAGUGUGUAUCGGUCCGGUGGCCAAGGAAGUUAGAGAUGGAAAUGAAAGACUAGCCAGGUGGCGUAUGUCAGUAGCAGAGUUUGAUAUUUGCGUAGAGUACUUGCCGGGAAAAGACAAUCACUCAGCAGAUGCACUAUCGCGGAUCAGAGCAGCUGAUCAGCCGAUAGACGAUUUAGUUGUCGGUGUUGUUACUCGCCGAGCUACUACAUCUUAUAAAGGGAUAAAUCGGCCUGAUAGUCCGAGGUCAGAAAUGCUAGACAGCAGUGACAUUAGUUCACCAGAGACCAUUGACAUAUGGGGACUAGAUAGUUUACGAAAUGCACAAGAUGAAGACCCACUAUGGGGUAGAGUAAAACAAUAUUUACGAGGUGAAUGUGACCUCACUAAAGAUGAGUUUAAAGAGAUUCCAAGGAAAAUCGAGAAUUAUCAGGUACCAGAUGGGAUAUUAUAUAAUGUUUUAGAUAAACCUUUUAGAGAGGUCUUUCGAGUAGUGGUACCAAAGUUGUAUCAGAGUACAGCUUUAAGAUAUCCUGAAGUUUCAAGGCCUUUUGAGCGUGUCCAUAUGGAUAUAGUGGGUCCGUAUCCGGAAUCUGAAGGUUUUCGUUAUAUUCUUACAGUAGUAGAUGCUUUGACAAAAUACCUUGUUGCAAUUCCAUUAAAAUCUAAGGAUUCAUUAGAAGUCGCGAAGGCAUUUAUGAAUGGCUUCAUUUACAAAGAGGGGACUCCACGUCAAGUCAUUCCUGAUGGGGGAGGGGAGUUCGUAAACGAACUAUUUAAGAAGCUAACAGAAGAAUUUGGGAUGGAUAAACGUACUAUUACUCCAUAUCAUCCAAGCUCAAAUGGACAAGUGGAAAGAGACACAGCUCCUUGGUAUAAUGUGGAAGAUUAUUUGCAAGAGACAAGAGUCAUGGGCUCAAAGAUUUUUAAAAGAUGCAAAGAGCAUAAUGAAGAAGAUAUCCAGAGAAGGCCAAGGGAUCGACCUUAUGCCAAGCCUUCACAAAUCAUAGGAGGAGACCGGGUAUAUCUCCUAGCUACUCCUAAGAGAAUUGCUGAUGGGAAAGAACGCAAAGAACACGUAGAUAGGUUGAAAUUAGAAAUGUCAUUAGUAAGGGGCCAGGCCCAUAAUAUAGAUAAGGCAUACCCAACAGAAGAAAAAAUUGAAGAAGAAUUUGAGGACGACGAUAGUUUGGAAACUUUGGAAGAUUCAGCAAAAUGUGUGGGGCUGAGAAACAAAGGAAAAUAUAACUUACGUAGUAACAAAAAGGAGGGGGUGUCCCUCAUAAUUCCUCCAAAUGAAGAGAACUUACACAGUUUAUUUUUCCUUAAAUUUAAAACUAAUGCCUGGAAGUUCUUUGGAAAGCUUGAUGAAGCUAGGGACCUGUUUGUGGAGAAGAGGGACCUUAUCAACUGCAAAGAGAUUCAGCCGGGACGGAGUGUCUAUCCAGCCGAAAACUGCAGUAGAGAUGAGGUCCUAGACAACCCUCAGGCGAAGAGUGGAUUAUGUCACUUCCCCGAGAAGAAAAUCUUGUCUUCAACUGUGUGA